AAUACAUAAAUGAAAGUUUUCUUAUCAAUUAAUUACAAAUAAAAUGUUCUAAAGUCAGAAUUUAACAAAAUAAACUCAAAAUUUGUGUGAAAAGUGAUGAAUUUUAUCAUUUUUGUCUUGAAUUAGUGAAUCUCGAUCAAAAUGAAGACCCGCAAAAAGGAAAUUGACGUGAAAAAGUUGCUUGGAGUGAGUAGUCGGAGCAAAAAUAUCCCCAAUAAAGCAAAAGAAUUGUCAAGUCGCAAAAAGACAAAUACAUCAAGUUCUUCAAAUGAUGUCAGUGACAAGGAAAAUUCCUCUUCGCGACCUUUAAAACCAACAACAACAACUACUUCAAGGGAUGCCAACCGGAUUUUGAGUCCUCUGAAAGCUAAUGUUUCAUCUUUAGCGAAGAAAACUACUGAAAGAAAUCUUUCGAAAGCCAUUUUGAGUCCGUUAUCCGUACAAAGAGCCAUUCCAGAAGCAACAAGUACGCCGAACAUCGUAAGACGAUCGCUUUUUCCGGUUGAUGUUGCUCCAGUUGGACAACAAUCAGUUCAAGAAGAUGCUGAUCCCAUCGUUUUGAGUGAUAGUGACUGCACGGAUACCGAAAUUGACGGCGAAAAUGUUUCAGCUGAAAAUAAGGAAAAUACGGGACAAAAUGAUAAACCAAAGCGUCGAAGGAGGCGAAAAUUGAUCGAAAUGGAGCCAGCAAUGGAAAUUUUAACGAGCAAAAGACAAAUUCGACCAACUCUAAAGGCAAUAAACAGUCCCAGUAUACGAGAAUUCCACGCAAAACCCAGAUUUGCGAAUGAAAACGAUGAAAAUCGAGCAGAAACUGCUCCAAAUCCAUCUGUUCCUGCAACAAAUGCUCAAAAAUUGAAACCAUCUGAGCAAAAAUCGACUUCUAAAGACAAAAAUGAGCCAAAAAUCGCAUCUCCAGUUGAAAAAUCUUCAAAAACUCCAACAGAAAGUGAUAAAAAUCGAUCUGUUCCUGCAAAAAUAGGCACAAAAGACAAAAAUUCAACGUCGAAAGGUAAAAAACAGACAGAAAUCUCAUCUCUUCCGAAAAGUCCUGUUCAAGAAACGCAUGAAAGAACAACAAAAAGACUCGUUAAGCCAACUUUGAAAGCAUUAAACAGCCCAAGCAUGCGAAAUUAUGUCACAAAACCAAGAACUUCAAAAAUUGAUGAGCAAAUUUCGAACAAAAAUGAUGAAAAAUCAUCAACUUCCGCUAUAAAAUCAUCAAAAAAACGAGGUCGACCACGAAAAAUUCUCGAAGCCGAUCAAAAUCAACCAGAAAUCUCAUCGCUUCCCGAACAACUACCUGAAAUCCCAUCAGAAAACAUCCCGUCACCCACUAAAAGAGGUCGAAAACCGAAACCACAAGUCACUAAACCAGCAAAUAAUGACACGGAAAGUAUGCCAGCUCCCCUAAAUCCCGUGAAAAGAACUCGCAAAGUCGGAAAACGCGUCGUUCGUUUGUACAGCGAGCCAAAACCCGUGCCAAAAGUCACAGAAGCUGUUCCAAAAUACCGUCUGGAACUGGAAAAAGAGCGAGAAAUACGCGAAGGAUCUGGUUUUGGCGACGACGACAUUUACAAUUUCCAUCCGUCGCAGGAAUCUAUCGAGGCGCCCGAAGAAAAUGACUCUUACAUCAAAGAUUUGAUCAAAAAAUUAAAGAAACGCAGGAAACCUGGACCAAAAAGGGGUAAAAUUACGAAGAAAAUUGCAAAGGAAGAUGAAAAAGAAGCUCCAAGUGAACAAAAAACAAAAGUAGAAAGUGUCAUGGACCGAAUAAGACAGAAAAUUUCCGAGAAAACUCCUUCAAGGACGAAUCUCAGACCGGAAAUUCACGCAACGCCUCACGAAAAGACCGUUUCUUUUGCUCUUCCUGACGUUUCUGUGUCAGAAAAUGUUCCUUCAGCCAAGAAAACGCCCGCAAGUCACGUCACGGUGCGAGAUAAAACGAUCGGCAUCUCCCCAAUUAGUCGCGAUAGUUCAAUGUUACCUUUGCCGAUGUCGUCUCCGAUGCUAAACCGCAGUCCGAACAUCAAUCCGAAGCGAAGUAGCAUGUUACUGCCUCCAUCGAUGGCCUCUCCAAGUCCGCGAAUCAUUCGAAAUCCCGUUCCCGGGACAAGUACAGGCGGUUGGACCCCCAGCGGAAGCAAUGCGAUCCGUUCCAGUAACCAUUCGACGCCAAAUCAACGCCUAAGUCGCUCCAUCGUCGAGUCAAGUGUCAAUAAAUCGAUCAAUAGCCCACAAAGUCCAUGGCGGGUAAAUGACGAAGCUCGAAUUCCCCGUACUAAAUACUUUUCCCUAUCGAAAGACAUGCUUCCAACGUAUUCCAGUGACGUCAUUGUUCGUGAUACGAUCCCCUUUGUACCGGAAGAUGGCGCCACAAACGAUUCCCUGAACAAUUCCAACGCAGAAAAUGUCGCGCCGCCCGAAAAACGAACUCCAGCGACGAAAAGUCAUCCAGCAAAGCGAGUUCCCUUGGGAGCAAUCGACGUUACUGACCUCUAUCCAGCUGCAAUGCCCGAAAAACACAAACCCGUGACACAAUCGCCGCUCGUUCGACACUCUUUGACACCGAGACAACUCGAAAAACCUCCCGAACAGAAACGAAAAACGCAAAUUCAGAUAAUUUCGGAUGUUCCUGUUACGGGACCACAGUAUCAAUUACAGGGAAAUCGAUUAAUUCGUCCCGAAAUGCCUGAUAUUGACGAAGAUUCGAACGAUAGUUGUUGCUCGGCGAACAGCAAUGUGAGCGAAUGUUUCGGUUUUGAUGUUUCGACGCCGCCAGACGAAGAUUUGGAAGUCAUUCCAGCAGUUUCGGACAAAGAUCUGAAAGAAAAAUUGAAAAAAUUGAAGGAAGUUUUUCCGUUGGAGAAAUCUGUGAGUCAGGAUGUCGAUAUGCCGGUGUUGUUCAAGUCGCCGAUGAAACAGACAAAUACGUUAAAGACGAUGUUAGAAGCGAAAACGCCGAAACAGCGAAAAGAGGAGUCGCCCAAGGCAGCUGUGAGGGUAGUUGAUAGUAGUUCAGAUAGUGAAGUUGAAGAAGCGUCGAAGAAAAUGGAGGAAGAAAAAACUGAAACGGAAAAUGAUGCAAUUAACAUCAAGCUUUUUGAUGAUCCGGAGCCGUUGAGGGUGAAACAAGUACCAGUGGCUACACGUCGCAGUUACGCUGGCAGACAAAAGCGUAGGCGCAAACAUUACUCCGACUACGAAACAUCGGACGAAAGUGAAUUAGAUGACGAGGAUGAUGACUCUGACAAGCACAAACACAAGCGACGAAAACGCGAAAAGCCCGAUGUCGAGAAAACGCAAGAAUUUCAGCAGUUUGUUAGCGAAUUCAACAGCAUGUGUGACGAAGUUGAAAAAUACGAAUUGGUUGUGGAACCAAUUGAGUAAAAAAAAAGAUGAAUGUUUAUUUUUUAAGUUUUUUUUUCUAUCGUGUUGUGAAUCCUUGAAGGAGUAUCUCGAAUAUUUUUUACAUUUAAUUUAAAUUUUAUAUGAAAACUUAUAUGAAACUUGCUUUAUUUUUUUUCUAAAGAUGAUUUAAAUUUUGUGAACCACAAAAAAAAAUAUAUG